AUCGACAAUUUUUGCGUAUAUAAACCGAUCAAGUAAUUGUCAAAAAUCGUAGUUCGCAUCGUACAGUUUAACGAGAAACAACUUCUUAAUUCACCAUGGCAUUCAAAUUCAUCGCUGUGCUCGCCUUCGUGGCCGUAGCUAGUGCUCAACAUCACUAUUCCAAUGGUGGUCAUAACUACGAAGCUGCCCCAGUCUACCAUGCAGCUCCAGUACACUAUGCUGCUCCAGCUGUAGUCAAAUCUUCCCCAGUCUACCAUGCUGCCCCAGUCUACAAACAUGUCGAAGUUGAACAUGAAGCUCCACCAAAAUACGACUUCAGCUACUCCGUCCAUGACACCCAAACCGGUGACAUCAAGCAACAACAAGAAAGCCGUGACGGAGAUGUUGUCCGUGGAUCUUACAGCCUCUACGAUGCUGAUGGUCAUCACCGUGUCGUCGAAUACACCGCCGAUGAUCACAACGGAUUCAACGCAGUUGUCCGACGUGACCCAACCGACCACAAAGUCGUAGCCGCCCCAGUACACAAAGUCGUUGCACCAGUACACAAAUACGUUGCUGCCCCACAAGUCUACCACGCUGAACCCCAACAAGUCUACCAUCAUCAAGCUCCAGUUGCUCACUACUCCGCUCCAGUUGUAACUAAAGUAGUUGCUCCAGUUGCCCACUACGCCGCUCCAGUAGCUAAGAUCGCUGAAUACAGCCAUGAUGCCGCUCAUGUCUCAUACAACGAUCACUCAUCCAACUACCAUUACUUCACCAUGGCAUUCAAAUUCAUCGCUGUGCUCGCCUUCGUGGCCGUAGCUAGUGCUCAACAUCACUAUUCCAAUGAUGGUCAUCACUACGAAGCUGCCCCAGUCUACCAUGCAGCUCCAGUACACUAUGCUGCUCCAGCUGUAGUCAAAUCUUCCCCAGUCUACCAUGCUGCCCCAGUCUACAAACAUGUCGAAGUUGAACAUGAAGCUCCACCAAAAUACGACUUCAGCUACUCCGUCCAUGACACCCAAACCGGUGACAUCAAGCAACAACAAGAAAGCCGUGACGGAGAUGUUGUCCGUGGAUCUUACAGCCUCUACGAUGCUGAUGGUCAUCACCGUGUUGUUGAAUACACCGCCGAUGACCACAACGGAUUCAACGCAGUUGUCCGACGUGACCCAACCGACCACAAAGUCGUAGCCGCCCCAGUACACAAAGUCGUUGCACCAGUACACAAAUACGUUGCUGCCCCACAAGUCUACCACGCUGAACCCCAACAAGUCUACCAUCAUCAAGCUCCAGUUGCUCACUACACCGCUCCAGUUGCUCACUACUCUGCUCCAGUUGUAGCUAAAGUAGUUGCUCCAGUUGCACACUAUGCUGCUCCAGUAGCUAAAAUCGCUGAAUACAGCCAUGACGCCGCUCAUGUCUCAUACAACGAUCACUCAUCCAACUACCAUUAUUUCAUCGCUGUGCUCGCCUUCGUGGCCGUAGCUAGUGCUCAACAUCACUAUUCCAAUGAUGGUCAUCACUACGAAGCUGCCCCAGUCUACCAUGCAGCUCCAGUACACUAUGCUGCUCCAGCUGUAGUCAAAUCUUCCCCAGUCUACCAUGCUGCCCCAGUCUACAAACAUGUCGAAGUUGAACAUGAAGCUCCACCAAAAUACGACUUCAGCUACUCCGUCCAUGACACCCAGACCGGUGACAUCAAGCAACAACAAGAAAGCCGUGACGGAGAUGUUGUCCGUGGAUCUUACAGCCUCUACGAUGCUGAUGGUCAUCACCGUGUUGUCGAAUACACCGCCGAUGACCACAACGGAUUCAACGCAGUUGUCCGACGUGACCCAACCGACCACAAAGUCGUAGCAGCCCCAGUACACAAAGUCGUUGCACCAGUACACAAAUACGUUGCUGCCCCACAAGUCUACCACGCUGAACCUCAACAAGUCUACCAUCAUCAAGCUCCAGUUGCCCACUACUCCGCUCCAGUUGCUCACUACUCCGCUCCAGUUGUAGCUAAAGUAGUUGCUCCAGUUGCACACUAUGCUGCUCCAGUAGCUAAAAUCGCUGAAUACAGCCAUGACGCCGCUCAUGUCUCAUACAACGAUCACUCAUCCAACUACCAUUAUUAG